AUGUCUCUAGCACUUGAAUCGUUGGUGGCCGAGGACCAGAUGUUGACGCCUACCCCGGGCUCGCCUCGUCCCUACUUGCCGGUCGACAACAGCCACAACCGCCUGAACUCUAUCCAGCUCAGCAGUGAUGCCAGUGGAGAGUUCUCUGUCUCCCAUUCCCCCCGGUGCUUCUUCGGCCCGCCUGGCGAAGGCCUUGCCGAACUCCGCAACGCCCUCAACCCACCCUGGUUACAUGGCGUCACUGGCUCUCCGAGUUUGGUGGCCAAUCACUCAGCUGAUCGGGCCGGGAGAUGGGUUGAAAAUGCACGCAGGCAUGCAGAACAACACCAACCCAUUAACUUUGCCAAUCACGUCAAAUUGGCAUCUCUCUCCCUCGGCCACCGAAUUCUUGCCCCCAGUCUCACCUCACCGCAGGUCCGCCAAUCAGCCUUCACCGGGAAGACGCAGCGGGUGACCAACGCGACGCUCGAUGCGGCCUUCGUUGGAACCAAGCCCAAGGGAUCCCCCUUCGACCAGCCCACCUAUUUGAACAAGCGUGGCGGGGGUGCCCCGAUCCAUCACGGAAACAACGUCGCGGCCAACCGCCCGGCGCCGAAUCUUAAGCUGCAUGACGGCCACUCUGGCGACGGUAGCAGCGAGGAGGAGGAAUCUUGGCCAAUGCCAGAGACCCCGUUCAUGUCCCACGACGUUUGGAGCGAAGAUCCCCACCGUAAUGAGCUCUUCAAGGGUAACCAUCUUCCAGCCUCUCAGGAUAUUCACAAGGCUUUUCCCGGCCAUCAUCAGCGUAAACCACCCUCCAUUCGAGCCGUCAACCUUACCGCGAAGAACUCCGCCAAGGAAGGCGAGAGACGUAUCGGCCGCUGCAAGAUGUACAACUGUGACAAGGGGGUCGGCUUCUUGAUUGAUGACCGCCUCGACCAAGUCCCCCAAGAUGUCAAGAUCCACUGGACUGACAUCUUUUCGGACCAGGAAUUCAAGUCGCUCGCCAAGGGAGAAAUUGUCGAAUACACUCUCAACAUCACCGCCAAUGGUUAUUCUGCCUCGUACGUGACCGGUCCCGGAGGGCGCCCGGUAAUGGGCGCGGAGCAGGCCAUUGUUCAAGCUAGUCGACAAACGAGCUAUAAGCUUUUCAAGGCAGGUGCUUUACCCGUCAAGACCUACCGAUCUAAAUGGGAAAGCGUGAUCCCCCCCGUCGAAGGUGAAACCUCGCCCAGUCAACCAGCCAAUCAAGCCUCCAACCCUGCUCGCUCGGCUAUCACUCCGCGGACCGUUCCAACGAAUGAUCUGAAGAACGCCCCAGCCAGUGCCCCAGUCUUACCCGGCAUGCGCUACCCGAGCCAAAAUGGCAAAGCUGGCCGGAAAUUUUCCGCCGAACAACUCAAGGGCUCGAUCACUGAGCCACGAGGAUCAGACAAGCACCAAGGCCAGAACCGCAACCAGGAGCACCAUCAGUUCAACAAUACCCAGGCUCAGCUCUCGACUGGGCUUGGUUCCACCGCGCAGUUCAACACACCUGGAUGGAGCACCCUACGCUCGCCCUUAAACUAUCUCCAAAGCGCUAACUCCUUGGUCUCCGACUUCGCCGGUGCACAGACACCGCUCCCUGCACUUUCGCACUCUGGAAUGACCCCUCACUCGGGUGACUCUUACAACCCACUCUUUCCGAGUGGCUUCUCCACCCACCUUACUUCCUCGGCGCGCUCGCCCGGAGUGACUCUCGCCACCCCAGGCGACAAUUCGUACCUUGCCAAUCACGGAUUGCCGUCUUCUCAACGCGGGAUGAGUCAGCCGGACUUCCAAAGCUUCCUGGCCGAGAGACAGGUGCUCCUCCAACAGCAAGCGCUCUUGAUGGGCAUGUACCAGAACGCCAACCAGCCUAUCCCCGCCUCUGCCAUCCAGGCCUUUCAGCAGCUCAGCUUCAUGAACCCCUUAGGGGGCAAGUCUGUUCUCGGUAAGACCGGCGAUGUUCAGUCCUACUACGACAGCCAAGCCGGGACAGUUGAUUCCAAGCUGCAGUACUCUGGAUUGCUCCCACCGAUUACUCUUCCUAACAGCAAGGACGGCUACAAGGCCAGCGAACUCCUCCAGAACGGUGGACCAGCAUCAUGGAGAGUGUCUGAUAUGGAUGGUAUGAAGCGAGACUCUUCUGGAAGCUUGAGGGCAAAUGCGCUCUCCUUUACCCCUGGCGUUUCCAACUCACCUCAUGUCGUCUUCGGGGACGGCAAAACUCAUGAGGGCGGGAGGAAGGCCGAGAGCCCCGUGUAUCAAAUCCCUGGACGCCGAUCAGUUUCUGACCCUGCCGCGGUGGGUGCUCCUGGAGGCAAGAAGGCAUCUGCAUUAGGCCAUCUACAGCAUAACAGGAACCCCAACAGCCCGCAGCAGCCACGUCAGGGCUCCGAGCGUGCAGGACAUCCCAAACGGGUGACGUUUGCCGAGCGUACUACGCCUUCGCGCCGCGUGGUCUCGCAUGGGGAGCAAGUAGGCACGCCGUUGAGGAUGCGUGCGCUCGAGGAAGAGUGCAGCGAGGCGGGCGAGGAGAGCCUCGAGGUCUCUGGCGAAUCCACCUACAUCUCCACUCAGCUCUAUGCCCCUGAUGAUGCUCGUCGGGCCGAAGACUUCUCCAGCGUCGACCUCGCCCUUGAACGUCUUCGCGUUGCUAAUUUAUCUAUCCAAUCACUCGCCGGGCUCGAGUGGCUGCUUGCCAGGCAAUCACUCGCCGAGCUUGAUCAGGGAGCACUCUUCGUGUGCAACCAAUUGAGAAUAGGAGAUUGA